UCCCUUAGCCUUUCUGAUGAAAUCUCCCCUUGUUUGCAUUGGGCUUUUUUUCCACUAGCCUUGAAGAAGGGAAGGAAAAAGGAGGGACGAGAGAAACCACGGCUGAAUCUAUCGGCAAAUAAGGACCGUUUCAAAGCAUAUUUUUGCUGGCUGGUUGCUUUUUCUAGCACUAGACAGUUCAUCGAGUGGAAAAGAAAGGCUUAUUAAUUGGCUGGUAUCUUCGUGUUCAGCACUCUUCUCGGAAGUGGAGGACCUUCGAAGAGAUUUAGUUUCACUAUCGACUUCAAAAUGGCUUGUAUAUCGACCUACGAUUUGGGAAGUGUGGAACGUGUCAACUCCGUCGUCUUCAUGCCAUCGUCCUGUCUUUUCUCUCCUGUCCUCACUAAGGGUACGAAUCUACUGAUGUCUCAGUAUACAGCUGCUGUGAAUAUGAACAUGGCGAGUGCCGGGGACAAUAUGGGCGCCGACUGCCUUCACUGCUGGUUCGUAUGGAGAGCUAACCGGCAACAUGCUAUUGCCGUUUAAACACUAUGGACACUUCGGGGUUUUGACAAUAUUAAAUACGGACAGUAUUCUGAACUGCGACACUUUGUUAGUUCUUCAGUAGCUAAUAUUUAGCAGCACAUGAUGAAAUUGUAAGGAUUCUCAUUCACUCACUCGCUAGCUAACGCUAAUGUUUUGGCUAACUUACUCCAACCACAGAUAUUUUAGUCAACUAAACAUCUAAAAGUCUUAAUUUACACUUCUUCUAAGUAUUAAAGUAGGCUUGUUUAAAAAAAAAAACUUUUACUAGCUAAGGAGUUACCAGUAACACGAGUUGUUGUGCUCUGGUAGAUUUUUGCACUUCAAAUUUCAUAACCCUAUUUAAUAUUUAGUGAGUAUAUAUAUAUAUAUAUAUAUAUAUAUAUAUAUAUAUAUAAAAUGUAUACAAGUAUGAGCUCAGAGGAACACUUCUCGAAGGGGGUUUCAGGGCCCACCACUACUGCUAGCAUUGAGGUGGGGACCGAUAACUCGGCUAGCUCCUGGAUUAGCAUGCUAUCAGCAGUGUCGAGGCCUGCAUGGUCGCUUCUUCAGAAAUAUCUGCCUUGGUCCAGCGUGGCAGGAAAAUCCAACGUUGAUUUUGGACAUCAGUUAAUGACCGGUCUUGAUAACUUCGUGCCUUCUGAGCAGAGCUCCACUCAUCUGCGUGUAGCUUAUGUUCACUGUCAGCGUGAAAAUGGCGGGUUUCUCACUUCCGGCGAGGCAGAAACUCUGAGCUGGUUGACCGCAGACUCUCUGAGGGAAUUAGGGAUUCAGGACUCGAUGAAUCCGAAUGUGAAGGCUCAACAAACAGCCCCAGAGGAAUCCAGGUAUCUGAAGUCGACGAGAAGGUUUCUCAGCCAGGUUCUGGCACCAAAAGAAGGAAAGCACACUGAGCCCAUGCAGCCCAAGUUGGGUAUUUGGUACCUGAGAGCCAUGAACACCCGGGGGUGGCAGGGACUUUGGAGAUCUGACGACCUUCAAAACACGCUGCCUGCUUUGUACCAAACUAGAGCCUCUGCUCAUACUGAAACAAAGUCCCCGCAUUGUGAAGAGCACCACAGUAGCGGUCAUUGUGAACCAGGUUGCCAGAGGUCAGCUCUUGCAGUUGAUAAGCUGGUAGAACCGUUAGGACCCAGCAACAAGGCAUGCAGCGAAUGUGCUGGACCUUCACGCUUCAGAGAGUCAGCUGACCAUACAAGCCUUCACACAGCCAGGCUGGAAUUCCUCUCAAACUCGGACUGCCUUCCGUCAGCUCAUGAACACGGCGUUGUAGAGCAUCAAGUCGGUACCAGAGCUGCUGCCGCCUGCAGCGAGGUGGCAGUUCUGACCCCGGAUCAGGACAAUGGCUACUCUAGCUUGGAGGAAGAAAGCGCCGGUGCGAGACAGUGUAAUAUGAAGGCUGUUUGUGAAUUGUUAGACCUUGACAAUGGUGCUGCUGCUCAGGCUGGUAAUCAUGGGCAUGGAGGAGAGGAGGACAAAUCUGCAGGGACUAGUCAUUGUGAAAGGGUUGAGAACAAGGAGGAGGAGGAGAAGGCGCAAAACACUGAGCCUGCUAUUGUACACGAGGCUUUGCCAGUUCAGUCCGCCCCUUGUUGUCAGAAUAAGGCGAUCGCGUACAUCAUGGGCGGCCCCUGCAGCGACGAGUCAGAUGUGGAAGACAGCAGUGUUCAGGAUAGCGAUGAUGACGACGACGGCUUUGACAGCGACAUCAACUAUUCUGACUCUGAGGACCUAGAGGAUAGUGAUGAUGAAGAGGAUGAGGACGAAUCAGAAUCUGAUGAACUCGACUCGGAGAAUGAGAGAUUGUGGAAUUCCAUGUGCCAAAACAAAGACCCCUAUAACCCUCGCAACUUCACAGCCCCUAUUUGGACAUCCCGGAAACUUGGCGCAUCUACAGCUAACUGGUCCCCUGCGGGAUCUCCAGUAGAGCCCAGUUCCGUUUUGUGUUCCUCGCCAUUGUCCCCUCCUUCUCCUCUGGGAGAAACCCAGAAAGACAUUGAGUCCAGCGAGGAGGCCUGUUCAUCGAUGGACGAAGCUGAGAGCCUGAGACUUUGGAACUCCUUCAGUUGCUCAUCAGAUCCCUACAGUCCUCUGAACUUUCAGGCGUCAAUCAGGACUCGCCAGCCAGCCAGGCAGCGAUGUAAGAAAGAGACACCAGUUGAGGCUCUGCUCUAUAGGAAGGACGAGGCGGAGGAAAGGAUGGAUAGCGGAUUCUCUGAGGCAGCCUCUGUCGGAAGUGCUGGAGUCGUCAGGCUGAAAAAGGUAACGUUCAUAGAGGAGGUGGAGGAAUUCUACGCCAGCAGUGACGAGGAGCGGCGCGGCCCGUGGGAAGAAUACGCCCGAGACCGCUGUCGCUUCCAGCGUCGUGUUCAGGAAGUGGAGGAGAGUAUCAGUUACUGCCUGUCUCCCAGUUUCCGCCUUAACAUCUUUGAAAGACGCCAUCCUAAUAGCUGAUUAACGUUUUUUUGCUUUGCUAAUUUAGUGAUUUAUUUUUGAUUGCACGAGACAGAUAAAUUAUAUACAUAUCGGGUCUAAUUCAGGGUGAAGAAGAGGCAUAAGGACUCCCGUGUUGCAAAAGUUAAGGCAUAAAGACUCCCGUGUUGCAGCUUCAUCACACUUCACUUGAGUCAUCCAGUAAAGAACCACUGUUCUGUGGAGAGCUGCUUCUUUGUGCUAAUACAGCUUCCUGAACACCACAAAGAAGUAAUGACUUCUUAUUUGAUGUCCAAGAUGGUCUGCAAAUGAAAAGGUCACAGUUUUGAUAAAAAGGAAAGUUUUAAACGCCUUUGAAAUGCUGAGUUUAUCUGCAGGUAUUGUUUGUUAAAAGCCACUAAUGCACUAACUGCAACUCUGAACUGCUUAAAAAAAAAGUCCUAAAUUUGAACCUCUCUACUGUAUUAGUGCAGCAGUAUUGAAAUCUUGCCCUUUAUAGUGUUAGAAUGACUUGUUGCCUUCAUUGUACAAAUCAGGAUUUUAUUUUGGCUGUGUUUAGAUGGGUAGGCAUUUUAUCCUUUAUCGUAAAAUGUUUUAGGCAUGAAAUUAGCUGCCAAGGCCAUCUUUUUGUUUGGAAAUGUGGAAUGUUUUCUAAAUUAAUUCUAUACAACUUUGCAGGUGGUCAGUGUUUUGUCUCUUGUGCCAAGGAAUUUUGUUUAAUUAUCAUUUGUAUUGUGCUUUGAACAUGCGUUCGAGUUUUCCCCCUUAUUUUGUAAUUUUACAAAUUACACUUCAGCCACGCCAAGUCUCUUCUUUCUUACCAGUUUUGAGGGACGUUAAUCAGUCGGGGUCAAAUGUCUCAGCCCUUUCUAAAUGCAGCUGUAAAACCUGUUUGCUAAUUUACCUUCAAACCAAAGAUAUCGCUUGAGUUCUGUAGAGACCACUUGGUGGAAACUCUGUUCGAAUCCACAGCACCGAGGAGUGAUGUGGAGGAUCAACCAUCAUCACGUGAACACAUGGUAUUUAUAGAGUUGAAGCUGAAAGCAGUAUCUGUUCCUGCAUCUGAAGGCUGGCAGGUCUUCGCACUCCAUAUUUGCAUGGUCCUGUAUAGACUUACAGCCCUAGCUUUCAUUAUCUUCUAAACCUGCUUGAUUUUUCUAGCGCUUGAGAAUCACUGUGGUGUGCAUCGUGUCUUAAAGCAGAGCUCGUGUCUCUGUAGCCUGAACUGUGGCAGCUGUGACCAAGUGGCUGGAUGUGUGUGUAUGACUUAAAAAAAGAAAUGCAGGGAGCAAAAUGCAUGAUGAUCUAUCGAAAUAUGAAAUGCUUAAUGUUAAAGCAUAGGGUUAAUCUGUAAAAUUAACAGGGAAGCCUUUUUAUUUUUCUAAAAUGUUUAGGAGUACAGGUAUUCAGCAUAUAUUCUGGGUUUUGUCUUAAUCAAUUUAACAUACAAAUAAACUAUUGUUUAAAUUGAA